AUGUCUCCUCACACGUUGUCUCUUCUCGAGCAAAAGUCCUCCUAUAACUCAGAGCUUGGUUCUCUUCUAGCAGUCAAUGCAGACCAGCUCCCAGUGCUUAAAAACCUCUCCAUUCAGAGGCUGAUCCUUGCACCCUCAGCAAUUCGUGAGCCUAAUUGGAAUGUGAAUGCAAAUGAACUUGCAUAUUGUUUGCGAGGAACAGCCAUGGUCAGCAUUCUUGACUCAGGGAAUGUGUUCGCAAAUUUCGUCGUUGAUGUUGGACAAAUGUUCCAUAUCGAAUCUGGCUCGCUUCAUCACAUCGAGAACAUUAGUGGUGAGGAAGUCGAGAUUAUUAUCUGCUUCCGACAUGAGAGGCCAAAGGACUUCGCGCUGUCCGCUUCAAUGGGAGCGAUGACUGAUGCAGUCCUAGGAAAUACCUACGACCACCCAUCCUCCCACUGGGCUAAGAUCAGCCGCAGUACUCAGCCAAAGUAUAUCGUCUGUCGUGCCGGCAAACCCACCAUCCCAUCUUCCGCUUACCUGCCCGAUCCACAUAAAUUUGACGUCGAAGAGAUGAACCCUCCUGUCGUCUCAGAUUUUGGAUCCAAUAGAACUGCCCGUAAUCAGUUCUGGCCAGCUCUGCAUAACAUGUCGAUGUAUUCGCUUCGCGUCGAAGAUAUCGGUAUGCGAGAGGCGCACUGGCACCCAUCCACAGCGGAGCUGGGGUACGUAGCUGAAGGUGAAGCACGUAUGACAAUUAUGGAUCCGGAUGGGUCUACCGAUACGUACUUCCUGAAGCCUGGGGAUAUGUACUAUGUUCCGACCGCCUACCCUCACCAGAUUGAAGUGACUGGAUCUGAGAGAAUGCACUUCUUGAUCUUUUUCGAUCAACCCAAUCCCAAAGAUGUUGGAUAUCGGAAUUCAGCCACCGCCAUGUCGCGCCAGACUAUGGCUUCUACCUUGGAAGUCGCGGAAGAAAAUCUUCCCGAGUUUCCUUUCACAAUCAAAGAUCCUUUGAUUGUGGGCAAGAAGAACCCUGUUGAUGGGGUAUCUUCAAAGUUGUAA